UUUACCUUUUUACCGGCGAUUGUUCCUCUGUUUACAAUAAACAGCAAAAGGCCGCACUUUGCGAACGAAAAUUAGCAGCAUCUCGUUGUAAUUCGUCAUAAAAAGUGUCUGCGCCUCCGACUGUUGUCGGCUGCACAGCAUUCAACUAAAGCUCAGUUCGUCCAUUUCACAGAUUCAGAAUGUCUCGUAAGGAAGCACUAUCCCAAUUCAUUAACCAGAUUCAUGGCCGUCCCGUUGUCGUUAAACUGAACAGUGGAGUCGAUUACAGAGGUGUUCUUGCCUGCCUGGACGGAUACAUGAACAUUGCGCUGGACCAAACGGAAGAGUACGUGAACGGGCAACUGAAGAACAAAUACGGUGACGCCUUCAUCCGCGGAAACAAUGUACUGUACAUUUCAACGCAGAAGAGAAGAGUGUAGUACGAGCUACUGCUGUUAAUAAUAAAACGCGAAUCAUUGUAAAAA